AAUGCGUAUUUUGUUACAAGACAAAGGACUAGUGAACUAUAAAAUUAAUCUACGACGUAAGUAAAAGAUUUUUAGAGACAAUCGUUGGAUUAUUUGUAACAAUAUUAAUCUGCAUGAUUUAUUAUAAUUAAUAAACUAAUAUUAAUAAAUAAUGAAUGGUGAUUAUUUAAAUUGUGAUAACAAAAUGAUGGCUGUUAAAGUUGAGCACGAUGCAUGCUGUUCUAAUGACAAUAAUAAUGAUAUCAAUGUUAUUAAUAAUAAUGAAGUUGAUGAGAUAAAAUCAAAAUUUAAAUUUGAAAAUAAUGUUAAGUGUAAAAAUAAGUGUUUCAAUCUUGUUGACAAGUGGAUUAAUAAAGCUAUUGUUCGAGUUCCAACUGGUGAUAAUUGGCACAAUAUCAUACAAAGGGAAAUUGCGCUGCUGAAAGUGAGAUACCCGUUUUUGACAAAAAAACAGCUCAAAGGAAAAGCUCUUGUUAAAUUUGGAAUCCCAUGUUUUAUGGGAAAUAUUGUUAGGACAGGCGACAAGAAAGUCACAGGUGCACUUGCCAAGGAAUUAUUAAGAACUCAAGUAAAAAAAUCAAGAGUUCCAGCGGCAUUUAAAGUUUCUCAUAAAAUUUUACCUUCUGUUAAAAAACUUGAUGUCUCUCACAAUCAAGUAUCAACUAUAGAAAAUUAUCUCGAGUCAAACUCACAUGUUAUAAAAGAUUUGAAAACUGAAAACAAAAUGUUUCAACAACUGAAGAGUGUUGAUGAUAAUUUCAAAUUACGAAAUCCAUAUCAUUCAAAUGAGAAAGAAAAUGAUUGUCCAAAUACACCGAGGAAGAAAAGAAUUCACGGUUCUAUCCACGUUUCAUUGAAGACUUGCUAUGAUUGCGAUGACCCGCAAACACCGACUAAGAAAUUGAAAUUAGAACCGACAAAACGAGAAGACAGAAGAUUACUAAAAUUUGUUACACAAGCUGCAGAUAAAGUAAUGGUCGAAUCAGAUACUGAGUCUGAUAAAAGUUUAAUGAAACCGGAUUGUUCACCCUCGCCAUUAACCAAAGAUUUGAUGCAGAGAAUCAAAAAUAAUCCUUUGGUUUAUAUAUGGGACAGAGAUGCAGAUAAAUGUGAUUUGGAUGACGUUCCUUUGUCACAAGCAGAUAAAAAUUAUGUCGAGUCUAAUUCUCAUGGUAAAAAAAAUUUGAAAAUUGACAACAAAAUGUUUCAGCAACUGAAGAGUGUCGAUGAUAAUUUAAAAUUACAAAACCCAUAUCAUUCAAAUCAGAAAGAAAAUGAUUGUCCAGAUACACCGAGAAAGAAAAGAAUUCACGGUUCUAUCCACGUUCCAUUGAGGACUUGCUAUGAUUGCAAUGACCCACAAACACCGACUAAGAAAUUUAAAUUAGAACCGACAAAACGAGAAGACAGAAGAUUACUAAAAUUUGUUACUCAAGCUGCAGAUGAAGUAAUGGUCGAAUCAGAUAUUGAGUCUGAUAAAAGUUUAAUGAAACCGGAUUGUUCACCUUCGCCAUUGACAAAAGAUUUGAUGCAGAGAAUAAAACAUAAUCCUUUGGUUUAUAUAUGGGAUAGAGAUGCAGAUAAAUGUGAUUUGGAUGACGCUCCCUUGUCACAAGCAGAUGAAAAUUUGAAAGCUAAGAAGAAUGACAGAAAUGAAGAAAUAUUGACAGUUGAUUUAGAGUCUUCUUCAUUAACGGAAUCACUCAACUCGUCAGAAUAUCAUUGGCCAGCUGGCCAACGUUUGCGCGAGUCUCUGUCCCUUGAAAAAUUAGACUCAACUCACAAGUCAUUUGAAAAACUCAGUCUCGAAGAUGACUCUGAUUUGAUAACAAUCUCACCCAUUCGUAAAAAUACUCAAGAUUUUUUGAGAACGAAUUUAAAUAAUAAUAUUGUGAGUCCUCUUACUCAAGAUACUUUGUCAAUAAAAUUAUCCGCAAGUCUUGAUCACGACUACGCUAAAGAUGAUGCCACUCAAUUUGUGUCUUCUAGUUCUUUAAAUUCAUUAUUUCCUUUUGACUCUCGAAUUUUUUCUAUUAGAUCUGAUGACGUUAGCAGUGACAAUGAAAGACAAUUACCGUUGGACUUGAGUGGAAGUUUAAAAAACAUGGAUAAUAUCUUCACACCACCUUCGCUUCCGAUCCAAGAUAUUAAUUCAAUACCGUCACAACUACUGCAAGAUUCAUUUAUGAGAAACAAUUUCAAUGAGAAUGAGUUUAGUGAAAAUGAAUUCAGUGAAUAUCCAGCUGAUUCUUCAAAUCAAUUUACGUUAUCUGAUUUAUGUGAUGAAUUCAACGAAGGCUGGAAAAAAGUUCCCUACAAUCGAUCAGUUCCUCCAAGUACUGACAUCUGUGAAGAAAUGAAUAGGAUAUCGAUCGAAGAGAUCAAACAGAACGUCAUCCAUAUUAUUGAUUAUCUUUAUUACGAUAACGAUUAAAAUAAUUUAUUUUUUUUUUUAUUAUUUUAUUUUUUGAGUUUAAAAUUUCUAUAUUGUUGUUUUUAUUUAUGAACUUGCUUAUGCGUAUAAAUAAUACGCAGUCGGUAUUUAUCUUAAUUUUAACUUUUGAAAAGCAAGACAAAAAAU